CAAGGGUCAUACUUCUAUUUUCUAGUUCUCUCUCUACAAUUAUAUUUUCAAUGUGCGGCAGCCGGCACACUAUAUAAUAUUUGGCCUUCGCUUUUUCAGUCAAACCUUCUUGUAUUCUCCGCACUUCUUUCUCUUUCCGCUCUUUCUGCCUAAAACAUCUGGCCGAAAAAUGUCGACUGUGAACGUCCCUGCCCAAUGCAUGCUUAGGACCAUCCCAAAGACAGCAGCUAUGACCCCGAUGGUCAAGUGCCCUGUAUCUUUGGGUUCAGUUAAAAGCAUCUCAAAGUCAUUUGGCUUGAAAUCAUCUUCUUCCUUCAGAACUACUGCAAUGGCAGUAUACAAGGUAAAGUUGAUCGGGCCAGAUGGGGAAGUAAGCGAGUUUGAUGCCCCGGAUGACUGCUACAUCCUGGAUUCAGCCGAGAAUGAAGGUGUUGAGAUACCUUACUCAUGCAGGGCAGGUGCCUGCUCAACCUGUGCCGGGAAGCUUGAAACUGGAACUGUUGAUCAGUCAGAUGGAUCCUUCCUUGAUGAUGGUCAAAUGGACAGCGGUUAUUUGCUCACCUGUGUUUCUUACCCUCGAUCUGACUGUGUUAUUCAUACCCACAAAGAGGGUGAUCUCUACUAAUGUAUUAGUCAGGUUUGAAGUUCCUCAAUUUAGUGGCAGUGAAGAACUGAGUAUAGACUAUAUAUUUCGAGUGUGUUGCUGAUGCUCGUACGUCGUGGAUUGUAGUUUUCUGAUGUAAUAAAUCGCGCAAUUGUUGGUUCUUGCUUUUA